AUGGAGAAGUCCAGCAGUGAGGAGUCAGCUAUUCAUCGUAGCCCUUCAGUAGAAAGCUGUGACUCUGAUUUUCCUCAAGCGUCCACGUCUGGCCGCCCAUUCGGUGGCCGCGGCUUCACUGCCGGUGCUUUCUACGGCUCCACGGGGCCUCGUAAAAACACACAGCAGGGUCAGGCUGCAACAGCGGCGGCUGAGACCGGCACAGGAGACAAGAGCAACAACAAGUACAGCUCACCCAAAGGGAGCAAAUACGUGGUCUUUUACCUGGAUCUAUCCUUUGUGUUCCUUUUAGAAUUCAAGAAGUUUAACAUGGCAAGAGGCUGCCUCUGCUGUUUGAAGUAUUUGAUGUUCAUCUUCAACCUCAUCUUCUGGUUAUGCGGCUGUGGGCUGCUCGGCGUGGGCAUCUGGCUCUCCGUGUCUCAGGGCAGCUUCGCCACCUUCUCGCCCUCGUUCCCCUCACUGUCAGCUGCCAACAUGGUCAUUGCCAUCGGCGCCAUCGUCAUGGUAACGGGCUUUCUCGGUUGCCUGGGUGCCAUCAAAGAGAACAAGUGCCUGCUUCUGAGUUUUUUCAUCGUGCUGCUGAUAAUUCUCCUGACAGAGCUGAUUUUACUCAUCCUGUUCUUUGUGUACUCAGAUAAGGUGAGUGAGAAUGCUAAACAAGAUCUGAAGGACGGGCUGGCUCUGUACAACUCAGAAAACAACAUUGGCCUGAGAAAUGCUUGGAACAUCAUCCAGGCAGAGUGGAAGUGCUGCGGCGUUAUAGCCUACACGGACUGGCACGAAGCCCUGAAAGAGAAGGUCGUUCCUGACCGCUGCUGCCAGGAGCAUUACCAGAACUGUGGGCGCAACUCCACCACCAUGUUCUGGAACCGGGGCUGCUUUGAGAAAGUCGAGGAAUGGCUUGAUGACAACAAGCACCUGCUGGGAACCAUAGGCAUGGUCAUCUUGGUAGUGCAGCUUCUGGGAAUGGCGUUCUCCAUGACACUCUUCCAUCACAUCCACAGAACGGGGAAGAAGUAUGACGCCUAG